ACUUUUGCAUGAACGGUGGUACCUGCCUGUUUUUCGAGACCGUGGGUGAACCAGCAUGCAGAUGCGCGGAAGGCUUCACGGGUCUGCGGUGCGAGACGAAGGACGUCAUCAGCACCGGAAAUAUGGAUAAGUUCUCUUCGUUCGCCGAGGACGUGACGCUCGCCCGCUUCUAGCGCAUCUAGCGGCACUGUCAAGCUUGCACAUCGGGACAUUCAUCGUGUUUUGUUUUGUUGUAGCCUCACCCACAUCCCCUCCCGUUACCCACUGUUCAGGUUCCUACAUACGCGUCCUCGUCUUCUCCGCUCUCCUCGGGCUCACCGACACUUUUCCACCAGAUAUUUCCAUUCCCCAGUCCAAACACCGAACGUUACUCCCGCACACGCCACAUCCUACAGACGUUUUCCACUUUCCCGCUUCGUUUCCUACAUAUUCCAGCUCUUCCUGUUCGCCGUUGCCUCGUUU